AUGAGGAUUCGCACGGGAUACGCGGCUGCACUAGUUGUGCUACUGCAGGCCGCUAUUGUCGCGAGCAAAGCGUUGGACCAGAAUCAGUUGCAGCAGCAGUCUCAGCAACAGUCUCAGCGACAAAUACCAUAUGGUACAGCGGCUCAAAAGCGAUGGGGUGGUGACUUGGGGGGUGGCGGCCAUGGCGGCGGUGACUUCGGCGGUUACGGAGGUAGUGAUCUCGGCGGUGGCGACUUGGGAGGCCACGGUGGCGAUUUAGGUGGCCAUGGUGGUGAUCUAGGUGGUCACGGUGGUGAUCUAGGUGAUCACGGUGGUGGUUUCGGUGGAGAUCUCGGAGGUGGUCUCGGUCAUUCCGGUGGCAGCGACGUUGCUAGCUUCGGCCAUUCAGGCGGUGGCGGCGACGUCGGCGGUGGUUACGGCCAUUCAGGCGGUGGCGGUGACAUCAGCGGUGGUUUUGGCCAUUCAGGCGGCGGUGGCGGCGUCGAAGAACACCACGACGAUCAUCAUGACCAUCACGACAAAGGCUACUGGAAGAAAAAGCUAAUCUGGAAGCCUGGCUGGAAGAAGAUCUGGAAACCGGCGAAGAAGCAGAUCUGGAAGCCCGCGUGGAAGAAGAUCUGGAAGCCGAUUUGGGUACCAACGCAGAAAGCGGUGUGGAAGGAGAUCCAAGUACCAGCCUGGAAGAAGAUCUGGAAACCGGUGUGGAAGGAGAUACAGGUACCAGUGUGGAAAGAGAUCCAGGUGCCCGCUUGGAAGAAGAUCUGGAAGCCAAUCUGGAAGCCCAUUAAAGUGCCCGCGUGGAAGGACAUACAAGUACCCGCCUGGAAGAAGAUCUGGAAGCCGGUCUGGAAAGAGAUUCAAGUCCCAGCGUGGAAGGAAAUACAAGUGCCCGCUUGGAAGAAGAUCUGGAUCCCUGAAUGGGUGAAGGUCGGUAUCCCCGGUGAGCAUUAUCACGGGACCGAUCAUCACGGCUGGGAGUACACCAGCCAUGAUCUAUGGAAGAAGAAGCUGAUUUGGAAACCGUUGUGGAAGAAGUACUGGAAGCCCGCGAAAAAACAGAUCUGGGUCCCUGACAAGAAGCUGGAGUGGAAGGAGGCUUGGAAGCAGAUCUGGAAACCGGCCAAGAAACAGAUCUGGGUGGACGACAAGAAGCUGGCGUGGAAAGAGGAAUGGAAACAGAUUUGGAAGCCUAGCAAGAAACUGAUCUGGGUGCCGGACAAGAAGCUCGAGUGGAAGGAGGCUUGGAAGCAGAUCUGGAAGACGGAGAAGAAACAGGAAUGGAUACCUGACAAAAAGUUGGCGUGGAAGGAGGCUUGGAAGCAAAUCUGGGUACCUGCGUGGAAGGAGAUCUGGGUGCCUGGAUGGAAGAAGAUCUGGAAACCUGUCUGGAUAUCCGAAUGGUUCCCGUCGGAGGAUCAUCAUCAUCCCCAUCACGGAUGGGAGGAUCGUAAAGAUGCUCAGGCUCAAGGGACCCAGGUGGUUACUGCAACGCCCAAGCAGAAUCCCACUCAGCAGCGUCAGGUCGACGAGAACAAGGUCAGGUGGGACAGGUCGUCGAAACCGGAGGUGCAGAACAUUAGCCAGGAUCUGGUGCCCCCGCCGCCCGCGACGCAAAAUCAAAAUGUCGCCGCGGCGAACUUCGCGUUUCCCAAUCACUGA